UGGCGGCGCGCGGCUUCCGCCCGGCUGCUGAGGGACGGGAGCCGCCGUUGUGACCCCCCCCCCCGCGGCCUGCUGCGCGGCUGCUGCUCUCGCCCCUGGUCCCCGUUUCCCCCGCGCGGCCGUGUGCCCCCUCGGGCGAGACCAUGCCUCUGAGCGUGCGCAGAGGGCCUGGGAAGCCUCACCCCUGCUUGACAUGAACCGCGCGGGUUGUCCGCGUUCGGAAUCAGAGGCCCCCGGGCGGGGGGGGGGGGUGGAGAGGGCCUUCGCCGUGCCUGCGCCUGUCGCGCCCAGGUCGCGGCCUGUGAAAGAGCAGCCCGAAGAUCUCGUCAGAAUACAAAUGCAGUCGUUGAUGGACAGGAAAUGAAGGGCCCGGCUUUUCUGUCCCUGGGCACCGAGAACUGCUUCCCAACAGCACCUUAAUGUGAUUUAAUGAGAUGCUUCCAUCUCUAGCACACCAUAGCAGGUACGGAAGAGAGAGAGAGGCUAUGGACGAGGUGACGUUUCGGAGCGAUACUGUGCUGUCGGAUGUCCACAUGCAUGCCCCCAGCAAAAGGCAUCUUCUGGUGAGGCUGAACACAGCUGGCCAGCCAGUGUUUCUCUCGCAGUUCAAUCUCCUUUUGGACAAAAGUCACCAGAAAAAAGACAAAGACUUUAAAAAACAAAACAUUAAGUGCCGGCUCAAAUACGGAGAGGAAUUGGAUAAGGGGGGAGAGAGCGGUGAUCACGAGGAGUCCAGCAAGGAAGGAAACGGCUCUGAAGGGAUUGAAGCUCUGCUGGACAAAGAUGGGGAUUUGGAGGUUGUCAGAAAGCCCCGACUGCCUGAUGCAGAAGCUGAGGGUCUUUCCAGGGACAGAGUCUGUCCCAUCCUUUUGACCAGAGGCAAAUACGUCGUAGAAGAGGAAGAGCUCGAGAACAGCAGCUGUGACAUUAUUAAGAUAGAGCACACUAUGGCAACCCCUUUAGAAGAUGUGGGCAAGCAGGUCUGGAGAGGGGCGUUCCUGCUCGUGGACUACAUCCUCUCUGAGCGAGACUUGUUCAAAGGCCGUACAGUGCUCGAACUUGGGGGAGGCACUGGGAUUGUCAGCAUUGCCAUGGCCAUGAAUGCCAAGACUGUUUACUGCACAGAUGUUGGUGAAGAUCUCCUGGACAUGUGUCGACGCAACGUAGCUUUAAACAAAGACAUCACUGAGCCAGCUGGAAGCGAAGUGAAGGUCAGGGUGUUGGACUGGCUGAAGGAUGAUUUCUGCACUGAGUCUGAUGUUUCCUAUAGCUGGUCUGACAAAGAGAUGGCUGAGCUUUGGAGCAGGUUCAACUUCACCUUACGACACAUGGAUGUUGCUUGUGAAGCAUACUGUCACUUUCAGAAUACCCUGGAUGACCUGGUGAACAUCAGGGACGGCAGAAUGAGUUACGCCAUCGAGCCUCUCGCCCUCUCCUUUCCGCAGCAUAUUGUUUACGAGCGAGUGGAGCAGUUGGAGUUGUGGAAGAUUACUGCAGUUCAGACCUCUAGAAAGAGCAGCUCUCCAGAGAAACAGAAGUAGGACUCCGAGACCUUUCUACAGAAUUGCUUGCAACAUAAUUUCUUUGGAGGGUUCUGUCCACAGUACACCCUUUGCAUGGAACCAGAAACUAAAUUGGUUUGGAGUAUGUCCAGUGAAGUUGAUGGUGGGUGGAUUUAGGAUGAACAAGAGAAAAUACUUCUUUAUGCUCUUGAGUGAUUAAAAUAUAAAAUUCGCUACCAGAGGAUGUAGUAAUGGUCACAGGCAUAGAGAGUUUUAAAAGGGGAUUAGACAGAUUCGUGGAGGACUGGUCUUAUCUGUGGUUACUGGCCAUGGUGACUAAAGGGAACCUCCAUAUUCAUCAGCAGUAAACCUCUGAAUACUAGUGCUAGAGCUGCUAUAGCAUAGUGGUUAAGUGGUUGGGCUGCAAAUCAGCACUCUGCUGCUUCGAAUUCCACCACUGCCAUGAAUACAGCAGGUGGCUUUGGGUAAGCUGCUCCUCCCAGCCCCAGCUGCCUUGUGAGGAUAAAGGUCACACUGGCUUAGUUCUCCGCUCUGAGUGGGGAGCUCAUCUGUCUAAAAGAGCAGCGUGUCUGUUCUGCGAGUUGCUGCAACUUAGUGGUUGAGUUGCCAGUCUGCGCUCUGGGGGUGCAACUCCCACGACUGCCGUGAGCUGAGCGGGUGGCCUUGGGGAAGCCGCUCCUUCGGGUCCAGCUCCCCAACUGUAUUGUGGGGACAAUGAUAACGGACCUUGUUCCUCGCUCUGAGUGGGGCACUCGUCUUUCGAGGAGAGCGGCAUAUAAGCCCAGCUAUUUAUUAUUAUAAGUGCCGUGAGCUUUGCAGGUGGCCUUGGGGAAGCCGCUCCUCUCAGCCCAGUGGUGUCCAGCAGAGGGAGACAUACGUGCAGCAGGAGUAGCAUCGAGGGAAGGCCUUGACCUUUGUGGCCUGUGGUUGGCCCUCCAUAACUAGUUGGCCGCUGUGUGAAACAAGGUGCUGGACUAGCUGGACCCCCACUGGUCUGAUCCAGCAGGGCUGUUGCUCCGUUCUCAUGUGCUUCAUAGUCAAUUAAAGGCAGAUCUGCGUUGGUUGUGCUUUA